AUGCCAACAGAAGGAGCGCUAACUUAGAGUGCAGCCUCCAGUGGACUCUUGAAACUGAAGUGUAACACAUCUUCUGCCUCCUGCAUGGUGCCAUCACUCGAAUGUGGCUCUGAAUAUUAUGUUUUCACAGCAUACGAUGAUGAUGGAUCCAGUAAACCUACUGAUGCAGUAAGCCUAAAAACUAUUCCUUGUGCACCAGUAAAUAUAUCAACUGAAGAGGAACCUGGGCACUUACUGGUGUCAUGGUCUAGUGAAUUUAGUCAUUAUUAUGUGGCUUUUGUGAAGAGCAAUGAUGGCUUGGAAGUGCACUGCAACACAUCACACAGCUAAUGCCAUUUCCAGUUGGACUGUGGCUUCACUUAUUUCUGUAGUGUCUUUGCAUAUAACAAGGCAGGGCAGAGUCCUUUAGGUGAUGCAUUCAGUUACACCACUGCAUUGUGUUGCCGCUGUGACUUCAGGGCCAUGUUGCUGUCAAGUGACACUGUGCAGGCCACCAGGGCUCCUGUCUGAGGUGCUGAGAUGUAUGAAACCAGAGCUGUUGACUGGAGCAGCGUGGCGCUCUGCAAUGACACCACCAUAGACUGCACCGCAACAGUCAGUAUAAUAUCAGUUUAUUCUUUCAGUGAGGCUGGGGGCAGCAACACGUGUUCUUUAAAAAGCGUGCGAGUCUUCAUUCCUUUGCUCCUGAUCGUGUAUUUUUCUACUCCUUGUUGCCCUAAUGACUUGAUACUAACUCAAGUGACGCCUGUAACAAAUCCCUGCUGGUCUGUUGGGAUGGGCACAUAUGUAACAUAACUGGAGACUCCAAAAGGACAGGCGAAGUGUCACAAUCUUCAAAACUACUCUCUCCUGGGGCGCAUCACAUGCGGUACCAACUAUACAGCAUCUCGGAAAGCCAUCAGUGAAACAGGUUGGACAUCCAGUUGCACAUAUCAGAGAACUCUUCCAGUACGUGCUUGCUGCCCUGGGGUGAAGCUGUACAAACUCAGCAAUAAGGGUGUCAGCGUACACUGGCGAGCUUCUGAAGAAGCAAACUACAAUACUGAUUUACAGGGCUCAAAAGGCAGUUUCAUCUGUACCCCUUGCUCAGGUCUACAUCACUGUGAUGUCACUGAGAUACUACCACUGUGUAGACAUGCCCACAAGGCAUCUCCAGUUACAGAUAAAGGGCUGAAGCUUCCAUUUUGUCCAAAAAAAAUCAUUCCAGUAACCGGUUCCCAAAGCUCUGUUGGAACGGUGAUUUAAAAGAGCAAUGCAGAACAACAUAUCUAGAUGGGAAUUCUGGUUCAGAUAAGGAGGUAAGUUAUGAGUCGUAACUGAGAUUAAGAUGUAUUCAUCAGACUUCCUGCUGCAUACAUCUUUGGGAUUGGAGAGAGAAACUUCAUCGAUCCUGUGUAUCUGAGAUAGAACGGGUUUGUGAAAAUCCAUUAUAUUUACCUCAGAAACCUGAUGUCUCCUCCUACUAUCAAUACUGAUUGUCCUCUCCUCCGUUUACAAUAAAACCCUCUUUCCCUUCAUUAAGCCUUUUCUAACACUAUCCUGUAGUUCCCCAGAAAAGCCCUCAAAAUCUAAACAGAUCAAGAUAUUCUUCAGCACUCGUUUACUUUCUGCUAGCAACAAUUGUUCAUUCUCUAACAAAAGCACUGGUGUUCUGGGCUAUUUACUGCCCUUGUCUCAUAAAGCAUGGCAAGAAGUCACUGCUGACUUUUUCCCCCCCAAGGCUGAUUAUCGCCUCUUUGCUGCUGUUCUCCUACAGCUAUCCUGGAUGUUAAGGUUGUUGACACCAUUCUCCCGAAAUGAUCUUCUCAGUCUUUCUUUCCCUGAGGCUGGAAAGAUGACACCUGUGCUUAACUGCAACAGUCACAGCUGCUUGAGGACUGCGAGGAGGGAAGCAGAACACCUAGCCCUAUGAGGGAUCUAAUCCAGGACAUCAAAUCUGAGCCCCAACUGAUGAUUUUUAAAAUGCAGAUGAACACUGAUAGAGAUCUCAGGAAUCUUGAGCUGUAAUUUUCCCUAUAAUCUGUUUUAAAAGCUCUUCCAAGACAGUUAUUAAUCAGUAGGUGUGUUGUAGACCUAAUGUUUAAAUGAAACAGUAAAGGCUGAAAUAAAGAUUACAAGACUGAAAUUUAACUCCAAAAAAAAAAAAAGCAGCAGUUUAGGUGCACUUAGUUAUAAGUAGCUUGAGGCUUAAUUGAGUAGUCUAAGGCUAUUUCAUUUUAAUUUAAAUUUCAAAAAAGUUCCUUUACAAUUUUGAGAUGUGACUCUUGAGGGUAAACAUAAUGUCCUUUUCACAUCAAUUGACUUAUUUUGCUUUGUGGCUAAUGAAGAACUGACAGUUAUUACUAAAAAAUUUAAUUUCCCAUUUUCCAGAAAAGGCAGAACCAUUUCUCAUACUCCAGUGGUUACUUUUUCAGUCAACACAGAAAGCAAAUUUCAGGUUCAAGGGUUCUACAUAUACAUAAAAAGUAAAACAACUACUCAAAGAUGUCUUACAAAAGCAGUCUUGAGAAGCUUAUGUAUAAAAGGUUACCAAAGGCAACAGGGGGUUUAACACUGUUCAGCUUAUAGACACCAUGCAUUCUGAACAUUCCCUUUCUUCAGUUGUACUGUGUAUCUCCCUCACUGCUUCUGAUUGCUUGCACAAAAUAAUCUCGUGGGAAUCUCACUCCUCAAUAAAUUGAUUGCAGAUGGCCCAAGAAUUACAUGUUGCUUCUUAGAAAAUGAUCUGCAUUUAUUAACUGUUCAAUGAGUCUUUCUAGGAAAAGUUAUUUAAAGCUGCCCUGCAUUACUUAUGUUUUAUUUCUCAUUUAAUUAAAAAAAACUUAAGAAUGUAAAAAUAAGUACUGCUCACAACUUUCUUCCUCAAGGGUUUUAGUUAAAUAUUUUGCUUUGCAGUCAACACUGUCAAACACUGUCACCAAAGCUUAAGCAUUUAACCAGGUGGCUAUUAACUGGAUUUUCAGAGGUCUGAAGCAAUCAGCUUCUUUUGGAACCAAAUUCAAGCCGCAGCUUUUGUCUUUUCAUGUGAACAACUCGGAUAUUCUGAUAUUUCCAUGUUCUAACAGUAACUCUAAUAUAUUUUAAGCAAUUAUAAACUCUUGGUGUAUUUUUUCUCCAUUCUUCCUGGCAUACAGACCUUGACACCUCAAAAUUACAUGCUACAACCUUGACAACACUGUAGUACAAUUUGUCAGAUCCUCUCAUUUUCAUGACUGAAACAGGAAGUGUAAUUGUAACAGAACGUAUUAUAUGCACAUCUGUUAAAAAAGAAAAGGCAAAAAGCUGAAGAGGCAUCAAGAUUCUAAGAAAAACCACAUUAAUUUAGCUCCAAAAAAGUAGUUAAAAGAUGUAAGCAAUUUACCAAAACCGGGAAAAGCAACACAACCGAACUGAGCCAGAUCCACACCUCCUACUGUGGCUGCCUGUAUCAUAGAAUUGUUAGGGUUGGAAAAGACCCUUAAGAUCAUCAAGUCCAACUGCUAACCCAUCACUGCCAAGCCCACCACUAAACCAUAUCCUCAAGCACCACGUCUGCCCUUCUUUUAAAUACCUCCAGGGAUGGAGACUCCAGCACCUCCCUGGGCAGCCUGUGCCAGGGCCUGACAACCCUUUUGGUGAAGUUUUUUCUUAAUGUCCAACCUAAGCUUCCCCUGGCGCAGCUUGAGGCCAUUUCCUCUUGUCCUGUCGCUUGUUACUAGGGAGAAGAGUCCAACCCCCACCUUGCUACAACCUCCUUUCAGGCAGUUGUAGAGAACGAUAAGGUCUCCCCUUCCAGCCCCCUCCAGGCUAAACCCCCCCAGCUCCCUCAGCCCCUCCCCAGCACACUUGUUCUCCAACAAGUCUUACGUUGCAGGCGUUGUUACUCUGGCAUUAGACAUUAUCUAAUAAUAAUAAUCACUGCGGAUACAUGAAACAUCACUGGCACUGAAAUGAUUAAAACAAACUUUAGUCAGGAUUAGUUUCAGGUUCUCUUCAGAUUAAGGCAAAUGCUUUUUUAUGGGUCAUGCUGACUUUUUUUAAGAUCAUAGGAAAGGACAAUUGGAUGUGGUGUUUCCGUAGAUGAUGUUUCUAUACUAUUUACUAGUACAAAACUCUGGUCUUCACAAGGCAAAAAAAGCAACCAAUGAAAAAAAAAAAACCAACCCAGAUAAACCCCAAAAUAACAAAAACAACAAAAAGCCCCCCAAGCACUCCAACGCCACAAACUUCUUAAAAGAAUAAAAACUUAAGAACGCAGAAAAUUCCUGUUGAGGUCCCAGAGGUAGGCAACAUAUUGGUAUGCUAAGUAAAACGAAUGCUUUUGAAACAGUAUUGUGAAAUCACUUACACUAACGAAUCAGGUGAUCAAAAACACCUAGGUUGCUUCAUGAUAGAUGCCUUCAUUAAUGCUUAAUAAAAAAUUUCAGUUAAACAAUUUUAGAGAUGUAUUAGUUGCAAUUACACAAAGAUGAACACCUGCAAAUAAAAUUGUAUGUAUUGUUCCAAAUACGUAUUAUUUGUAUUUGACACAGAAGCAAUAGCUCAACACUUAGAUGGGCUGUUUUCAGUCCAGUAAAGAAACCAGCAAAAAUCUAUCCUUCAGUUGGUUUCAGAUUUGACCCAAAAUAGCUGAGAUUUAAGAAGCAUUCUCCUACAUCCAACUAUUGUUGGGGAAGGGGGAGAGGGGGAAUAGGAAGAGUGCUACCACAAUUCCAUUGCAAAACCUCAAGAGUGGCAUUAAAUGGUGUUCUACCCGGCUUAAUAGCCGGUGGACGCCUCCUGUAUGCAGUGAUGUGCACUCAAAGCAGUCCAGAAAGGGCUCAAACAUCUACCAAAGCCAGUAGAAGUCGUCUAAUUCUUUCAGGCUCCCCUUAAGAGAUCCUGGCUGUUUGCAUACUGUCUCUAAGUCAGUACAGUAAUAUUCAGCUCUAAAUACUACACGUAUGAGCUCAUUCGUGUUUCUUCAUUGACAUGUAAAUGAAAGUAUAAAAAACAUGGGUAUGCAUGAUGUACUAAGUACCCCGCAAUGUGAUCCAAUGAAUGGCAGGGCAAUUUAAGUUACCUUUUUCCAUACAGAUAGACAAUCAAAACACCACUCCUAUUACCUUUAAAAGUCAGAUACAUACAAGUCCUUCUGUACUGACACUAAUUAUGUGCAGUUACGUGACAGGAGGUAGAUGCGAAUCCCUGGUGCCAAAGCCCUGACCCUGCCUUAAAAAUCAAAGAAUGCCGGCUCGCUACUUGUUAAGAUCUGAAAUACUGUUCAGCUAAUUGAGUAGGAGCUUCAAAAGAAGUGAAAAUGAAAACAGAGGUUUGUUUCUCGCAUUAGUAUUAUUAGUCCAGAUACAUACUUAUUGUUGGAGCCACAGGAAAUUUCAAAGGCAGAUUAGGCUUCAAGACAAAUUGCUGUCCCAGCUAGGUAACUGUAGACACCUGGCAUACUGUGGAAACUUCAGGUUCGUAGUGCUUGGUUGACUGUGCUUUCACCCCGAGCACUGAAAAGUAAGUGCACAGGCUCUGGCAGACAGAAGCUCUGCAACCACACCUCCUAGGAAAGCUCUCAAUACCUCCAAUUAAAUUCCAAUGACCCCAAGCCAAACACCUGCUGCAGCUGUACGGCUGGCAACCGCAUCAGACCAGUCGGCACAGGAGACCACCGAUCUUACCAUUCCUGAUCAGAGCUGCUUUGUAGAAGUUCUGUGGAUCUGUUCCUUCUGGUUUCAAGGAAGGUCAUAUGAAAUACAAUGGCAGCAGAAAGACAAAAAGGAAGAGUCCCUGGAUCCAAACCCAAGAGCUGCAAUAUUCUAAAUCCCAAUGACAACUUAAGACCAGUAUCUUGGUUUAAAUUGUUUUUGUGGUCUUCGUCAGUCAUGACUACCAUGCUAUCCAUUAUACCUCUGGCCCAAGUACAUAAUAUGGAUCGAAUUAAAUCCAGAAGUCAGAAAGGACUGUUUAUUAAAAAAUAUAAGCAAAGUCCUCAAAUUACAGUGCUUCUAAGAGAUACUGGCACAAGCCGGUGUUCACACAAGCUGUAUCAAAACGUUCGCUAUCUUUAUUCUAAUUAGAUGGCUCUCUCCACUUGAGGUCAAAGAUUGUUUCUCAAAUAUCUGGAUUUUGCCUGCAAAUAAACCAUUCUCUCACCCUAUUUCCCAACAGCAGCAGCCGAGUAUGAGCACUGAAGGAGCAACUGGAAAUCAGUAAUCCACCUUCCCUGACAGAACACUGGCCUUGCAGCCUCUCUGCCCAAAAACUUGUUUCAGGAACUCACAGGCUGAAGGUGAAAAACAAAUGACGCCAAAAAAAGCCUUCUAGUGGCAAAUACAGCAAGCUAAAGUUGUCCUCAUUGUUUUGACAGAAUCCAUGCAACCUCCCAGCAGACGGCAAAGGCAGUUCUAAAACUCUACCAGCCAGGGUCUACCUUAAGUGGCCAAUGGUUCUUCUCCUCUAAUAUUAAAUGAGAGCUCAGUAUUUUAGUUUUACACUGCAAUGAAAAGAACUUGAAGCUUAAGCUUUGUUUCAAGCUCAGAUCUAACACCAGAUAACAAAAAUAUAAGCAGACAAUACCUGAACAACCUCAGUAUUAAAAGAUUUCUACUACCAAGGAUCCUGGUGACAAACAAAGACUAACAAUUCAGAAAAAAAUAAGAGCAGGGAGGAAGGAAAAACAGAGUUUGCUAUUUCUGCUUCUUUGAAUACUAUGGAAUGAAGUGUACUGCUAGAAAUUCAAGCACCGUUUACUUUUUCCUGGAGGUUUAAAAAAGAAAUCCUAAUAUUUAAAUACCAUACCUAGAUGACCUGCAUCACACAGAAGCAAAAAAAAAGGUAAAAACAUCAAUUUAUUUCUACCUUCAGGUCACUUCAUGGUCAUGAGUGAGUCACACGUAACAUUCUCCUUAUUUUUGGGCUGCUGCAUUUCUUU